GCAGAUUGCGGUUUCAAGACGAGGUCUCUAAAAGACUAAAACAGUCGCCGUUUCAGAUAGCGGUCUCCUUUCUUCAACUUCUUAAAACCCGCUAGUUUCCCAGUUGGUAUUCGCUAAUUCCUUCCGGAUUUCAAACCCAUAUAACCAUCACGCUUCACCAAUGUUCCUUAACGGAUACUCGUUGUCGGAUUCAGCGGUUUCUCUUUUGUCCUCAUUUUCUGGCGAAACCCAUAUGAAAUAAAGGUGAAAAACCAUCCAAAACUAGCCAUCUUUCCAAGGCAAUUUCAAAUCCACCAGGUUUUUUUUCUUCUAUUUUUCAACUUGUUUGCUAUGUUUGUCUAAUGUAAUCUCACGUGCUUGUUUUCAUUUCAUUUCAUGGAAUCAAGUGUUGAAGUUCUUGUUUGUGUUCUGUAUUUUGUUGAGGAAUUGAUUUAGUUACUUUUUGAGUACGUAUAAUUUAAAAACUAUGAUAUCGAUAUCGAAUAUGUCAUGGUUUACUCCAUUUCAACUAAAAAUACUUUGUUCCUGAGCAAUUUGUCGAUCUGCCCAAGCUUAGUUUAUUUUGAAACAGAAGCAAAACUUUGUCAUGGAAUGUUUUUUACCAUGUGGCAACUGAGAAGACAACGAUUUGUCUGAUGACAACCUUGUGAGAUAUAUAUGAGAAGCCUUAUAUGAAUAAGUUAUACCCUUUUAGCAAACUCAUGGAUUUGAAAAUGGCUGAAGGUGUGCCUUUUGCGGAACAUUUGAAUGAAUUCAAUAGGAUCAUUGAAACGUUUAGCUUGGUGAAGGUUGAGUUCAACGAAGAAGCGACUUCCAUCCUUUUGCUUACUUCUUUACCUGAUAGUUUGGGAAUCUAUGAAAGUAGCGUUACCUUUCUCUUUAGGUACAAGAAAAUUGAAAAUUUCCAGAUAUUAUAGAUGCAGCUUUUACAGAAGAGAUUUAUAGAAGGCACUUUGGUGUGACUUCUACUUCAAAUUCAAGCUUCAAAGUUGGAGAGAAAGGGAAAGCUAUCAACAAUGAACAUUAUAAAGGCAGUAGAUGAAAGGAGAAGCAGACAAUUGAAUGCUACUACUGCCACAAGCAGGGUCACAUAAAAGCAUAUUGCAGAAAGUCGAAAAAAGAGCAAAAAGAUAACUCCUAAAUUGAAUGUUGGUUUAGCUUAUUUGGGGACAUUCUUCUUGUUUCUCUGGAAGUUCUAUCGAUGGGAAGCACAUAAUUUGGGUUGAUGCAUAUUUGGAGGAAGUAGAGAGCAUUUAAUUUUGUGAGCUGGUUUUUGAAGGCAGGACAAUUUGAGAGUUGUUGAGUUUUCUCUUGUUUGUUUUUUAUGAUAUCGAUUCUCAACUCAUAGUAAAAAUAUAGGGCUCCUUAAAGGUCAGACAUAGAAUUAUGCAAUUAUUUCUUUUCACUUUUCAUUUCUUUUAUUAUAUAUCUUUUCAUUGUUUUGAAUUCUGCUAUUAUAAUUUUCCAGCAACAUAUUGAUCGGCCUUGUUAAUAACUAAACUAUAUUUAUGAUCGCAAGGAAACGGGGGAAGUUUAGAGCUUCCCACCUCUUCCAGUUCUCAUAGAGAAAAUCCAAAACAACAAUUAGAAAAAAGGUACUGUCCUUCGACAAAUAACAAUGACAUACUUAGUUCAUUGCGCCCACUUCUAACUAACAAAGUUUCUUGAGUCUGCACAAUCGCCUGGGCACUCUCCUCGCAGUUCCUACUCUUUCAAAUGCCUACAUGCCUGUACUCUUGUAAUAGGGGUCGAUCACUAUCUGCCCCCCAAAUAAUCACCUUGUCCUCAUGGUGGAAGUCAGGAGAUCGAAGGGAAAUGUAGGAAGCAAGUCCUCAUGUGGCAUCUCCGAAUGAGCACCACCAAAGUACCCUCAUUGGCAGCAGACUUUCUCAAACUCCCUCUUGAAUAGUAGACUUUAACAAGCCAACUAACUUUGCUGGCUAUUUGAAUGUUAGAUCGGCUUACAACUCUAGAGGAGUGGGGAAAAUGGGCAUUUUCUGCCUCACCUCUUUACGUUAGACUGAUGAAACAUACGGUGUCUAAUCUCUUUACAUUAGACUGAUGAAACAUAUGGUGUCUAACAGUGAUUGAAAAUGUCACUCCAUAUGCGACAUGACGAACUCAUGCAAUGAUUAGGAAGAGGCCUACAAACCGAGGUACUAGCUUCAGAUAUUUAUUCAGAGAUGCUUGGGGUGGUGGCAUCUUGAACUUGGAUUUGAGUGUCUACUUCCAGAAGUUGUGUUCAUUUUUUUAACUUAAUACUUGGGGUGGUGGGGAGGCCAUAUACUACCUCGAAAGCGGUUGUGCAAAUCAAUGAAUGGUAGUAGUGUAAGCAUUGAAGGACCUGAUAUCUUGGGCUUGGCUUUGAAUUAUGUUCCAGAAGAGGUGGAUGAUUUCAUUAAAGAAAAUAUUGCAAAGCUAUAUCAAAACUCUUCUGGGAAAAAGUCUAAUCAGCUUCAAUCAUGUGAGUUCUCUUCGAUUGAUCCAUCUCUAAGUCCUAAAUUCUCAUCCUUAAUUGAUGAUUGUGGUUUGAAGAUUGGUAUAGCCCCUCAUCAUAAUUUUCAACAACAUUGUUGACUGUUUUGUUUUGGAAAUUGAUGAAAAUCAUCACUUGGAUUACUAGAGCCUUGGUGGUAAAUCAAAACGGAUUGUUGUGUAAAGGUCAGCAUCCUGUAGUAGUAUUAGUCAAGAAUCAAGGAAAGAGUUUGUGGUUGGUUCUCUCCAAGCUAUUUGAAGUUUAAAGAAGGGUGGUUGCUGAUAUUUCUGUGUUUCGUUAGUUUCUACUUGUUCCUCAGGGCUGCCUUGCGGAUUCUCCUUUGGAUUUUGAGAAUUGGUGCAAUAUUAGAAGAUUUUCUUAUCUAUUUUUCAUCUGUUUUGUGUCUUCAGAGAGUUUUUCAAAGAUUUUUGGUCCGAGCAGAUUCAAAGGGGUUUCUAUGUUAAUUCCAUCCAUUGGCUUGUUUGUUUUGAAGCUGCAAGGAACUCGGCUUUUUCUUAUUGUCCUCUUUGAUUUUUGAGUAUUUUUCCAGUCAAGUUUGUUUGUUGUGGGUUUUUUUUCUGGCUAACCUGUGUUCUUGUGAUUGGUUCUCUUACAAUGGUACUUGUGUUCUCUUGCUCUUCAUUUUAUAUCAUUGUCCUUUGAGCAAAGCAACAAUCUCUUUUCAUUUUAUCAAUGAAAAGUUAUGUUUCUUUCAAAAAAAAAAAAUAAAAAUAAUAAUAAUAAUAAAAAAAAAUAAAUAACUAAAAUUAGCCCGUGGUAUCCAUCUUCAACGUUGCUUGAAGACAGUUGUAGCAAAAUUAUGUAGAUAAGUCUCUACACGCUAAUUGACCACCUCAAUUUGCUGAUUGGUUUGUGGGUAGUAAGCACUAUUCUCCAAUUGUGUACCCGGAGCAAGAAACAACUCUUCCAAAAUAUGCUCAAUUGUCCUAAUUGAAUGCAAUACUCCAUGGAAAUCCAUGUAAACACAUACUUUAUAAACAUAAAUUGUAGCUAAAAUAACAAUAAUGAAUGGGUGUUUACGUAGGAUAAAAUGAGCAUACUUGGAUAGGGGUCCAUCACCACCAAAAUCAUAUCAUAACCAUCUGACUUAGGCAACCCUCAAUUAAGUCCAUAGAGAUAUCCUCUCAGACACGUUAUGGGUAAUGCUUAUAGCAGGCCUGUCAAAGCUAAUGACAAAUACUUAGCUUAAUGGCACCUUGCACAUUUUGCCACAAAUAGGUGGAGUAGUGCUUUCAUACUUGUCUGACAGCAUACAUGUUCAGGCAUUUUUGCAUUGCAGACACAGACACAGACAUGUCCGAGCAUUUCAUAAAAAAUGAAGUUUCAUUCUUCCUAGGUUUUUCUCAUGGGUCUAAAAUGUUGUCUUAUGGACAUUUGACAGUUUUUGGUCGAAUUGGUGAUAACUGGACUUGAGUUUAAUCUUUGAAAUCACUGUUGCAAGAAAUAAGGCACUUAUUUAUGAUUGUCACAUGGCUUAAAGACUGUUAGUCCCCACAAAAACGACAUAACCAUCCUUCUUUUUAACCAAUAGCAUUAGACUAGAAAAGGAGCUUUUGUUCGGUUGUAUCAACCAGACGGGGAGCAUUUGCCACAGUUGUCUCUGAAUCUGUCAUCCUUUUGGAAUUGUUGAUUCCUGUACAGCUGUACAUUAAUUGGUCCCAUUCCAAAUGGGAGUCUAAUUGUACGAUCAUAAAAUUGGAUUGGAUUUAAAGCUCCAUGAGGCUCAAACAUGCCUGCCAAACUCUAUGAUAUUAGCAUAAUUUCACUAGAAAAGGCCCAAUUCCCUUAGUAACGUGUGUGAGUAUUAGUUGUAUAGUUUCUAAUGCAAAUAAGAUUAAAUUUACAGUCCAUUGCAUUCUUAGCCUUCUUAUAUAUUGUAGAAAAUGUCAUAAGCUUCCUUUGCUCUAUUGGCAGCAGGCGCUCACUUGCAUCUCUCUUCCUACUGCAGUCACGAGUUAAAUUCUCAUAUGUAACACCUUAUAAUGUAGAAAAUGUCAACAUACAGUUAUUUACUUUUAAUGUUAUGUAAUCCCGUUUCUUUGGCCCCAUGCUUGCAAUUUACUUAGCUUUCCUGCAUGUGCCUUAUGAGCGUGAGCUUCUCAGAAAUUUGAAGGGCAAAUUCAUUGCAACAUUAUUUUUUCCAUUGGGUUGGUAAUAUUUUGGCACUCUAUAUUCCAUGUGUCUAUGAAACCCCAUGCUCAUUUGAGACUUGGGUAGUAAACAAAGUGAAUGCAGUUUGUAGUUAUGCCUGGGGGCUCUCUCAUGUUGCAUGAAUGUUUGAUCCUGCAUUGUUUGGAAAUGCCCAUAUUUUAUUAGGGGAUUUGCUUGGAUUAUAUUUUCUUAAAAUAGUGAAUGAGAGAAGAUGAGUAGGCAAGGUGUUACACUCAUGUGUUACUGGAAUGGGACAACAACGAGUGGACCUCAUGGCAUAUCCUACGAAGGUGCUGCACCAAAACCCAUCCGAGUUGGCUAUGGGAUUACACAUAAUGAGUUGGUUGAUAGGAUAUAUGGAGUUACUGGAUUUGACAAGCAAUCCUUUAAACUGAAGAUCAUAUGUAGGUAUCCGGCAUGUAGAGAAUACAUACCUGUGCCAAUCAAUGAUGAUGAGUCUAUAGAUAUCAUGUUUGAUGUGGCACGACAACCGGGAACUAACUGUCUAGAACUAUAUGUUGAAAGAGAGCCACUCUGCAACCAUAUCCCAAUAAAUGUUCCAGAAACAACCAUUGUUGAUAACCAGACGACAGAUGAGAGAGCCACAGACGAUGCCCAAGUUGAUAGCUUUUUAGAUCCAGGACCAGCUGACAAUUCGAUUCUUGUUCUACAAAAUCAGCAUAGAUCUGAAGCCAUAUGGAUGGGGGAGGAUCCUAGUGUGUUAACUUGUAGACAACGGCUGGCAGCAAUGAUGAAAGAUUGGCAAUUAGAUCCUCGUGUCCGUCAACUUAUCAUCAAGGCUGGAUUUUAUGGGGUAUAUAGGGUUGGAAUCUUACAAAUUGAUUGGCCCUUGAUUACAGCAUUGGUUGAGAGGUGGCGGCAAGAAACCCACACUUUUCAUUUUACAGUUGGUGAGAGUACUGUCACUUUACAAGAUGUAGCAUUGUUGUUAGGUCUACCAGUAAAUGGCUUGGUAGUGACUGGAAAUACUGAUCUCCAAUGGGAAGAUUUAUGUGAGGAGCUAUUAGGGCUCAGGCCGGACUCGAGUGUGCUCCAUGGUUCAGCCCUUAAGGUUAGUUGGUUGCGAACUCAUUUUCAAAAACCUCCAUCAGAUGCAGAUGAUGUUACAUUACAACGCUACGCCAGAGCGUAUAUUUUAAGUUUGAUGGGUAGUGUUCUAUUUGCGGAUAAAUCUGGAGCUGAUGUCCAGUUAAUGUUCUUACCUUUUUUAAGAGAUUUGGAAUGUGUCGAGCAAUUUAGUUGGGGAAGUGCAGUGCUUGCACAUUUAUAUAGAGAGCUUUGCCGAGCCAGCAAGAAAGGAGCCAAUGAGAUUUCUGGCCCCCUUGUUCUGUUGCAGAUAUGGGCAUGGGAACGCCUAGAUAUUAGCCGGCCAGAGAGGUUGGUUUAUAAAGGUCGAAAAUCAAUUAUAUCAGAUACAAAGGCUGAGGAGGAGAGAAGUUCAAUCGCAGGGGAUGCUAUUGUAAACAACGAGCAAUUACCAGCAGAUCCAUUAGGAUGCAGAUGGAAGGCAGCUGUGAUUCGUAGAGAUAAUCCCCACAGAGCAUUAAUAUUUUACAGGGACCUGCUUGAUCAGCAAACAGAGAGCCAGAUGGUCUGGCAACCUUACAUUUCUGAGCGUCUUGCAUUGCUACCAGAUUCAUUGCUUAGAGACCAACAUGUGUGGCGGACGGUUGCUCCACUUAUUUGUUUUGAUAUUGUUGAAUGGCAUCAUCCAGAACGAGUUCUCCGUCAGUUUGGUCUUCACCAAGAAAUCCCACAGCCUUGUGAUACAGGAACAAAGCUGCAUAUGAUUGACAGGCGGGGAAAACAUCAUUAUGAUUGGAAGGCCUAUCAUGGACAGUAUAUUAAAUUAUGGGAGGCUCGAGAGAAUAGCAUUGCAACGGGCAAGCUAGAAGAACUGCCAAUGCAAUACCAUGAUCCUUACAUGGUUUGGUAUAGAAAUGUUACUCGGCGUUUGAUCACCCCUCUCACCCAAAGGUCGCAUAUGCGGUUUCAGCCAUCGAGUGGAACCUCACAUUUACUUGUACAAAGUUUGACAACUAUUCAUAAUCAGUGUGCAUGUGCACUUGAAUCUUUUACGAGUGAUGGCGCUAUGAGAUCACUGGAGUGCAUUCAAACAACCUGCAUUCGAGUUUUGCAGAUGAUUGGAGAAACUCGUCAUCUCAAAGGAAAACAAUCAGUUAUUUCUACAAAACCAAUCAUCCCAACCAUUCCAAAUUCUGCUAAUGAUGCUAACAAUACAGAAAACCACCAACACGGCGAGUGUGCUGCUCCAUCUGUACAUACAGUGACUGUUCUAACUAAAGCUCCAUUGGUCAGGGGACAAGGAAGAAGUAGAGGUAGAGGUCGUCCCAGAGGCAGCAUCAAGAGUCAAGGUGGAGGUUAUUGUAAGGCUCAGAGUGUUGUGGUCGAGACCUCUUCACAGUCAUUUCUAUCAAUACAUUCGACUCCAGAAUCCUUGCAGCCCAAUAACAGUUGGGAUAGACAAUUGCAUAUGAAAGACGCGGAGGUUGGCACAAUGAUCGAAUCAGUGGACUUGGUUUCUGCUCAAAGUUCACCAGAGAGUGAAAAAGAAACAUGUGUGAGAGAAAAAUCACCGGAACAAUCAUGCCUGAUGUACAAGGAAAAUAAAAGAGACGUCGUUGUGUCACCAUCAAUUAGGCCGAUGCAUCAAAUGAAGGGGGCUAAAAUGGGACAGUCAGUACAUCUACUAGAACAGAAAGAGAAGUCCAUGAACCUUUUGGGUAAGGAAGAUAUUGGGAGAACAGUUGCUUUACCAAAGGUUGGAUCGAAACGAAAACACAUUUAACAAAAAUGAUUUGUAUCUUAUGAUAUAUUUGAGAGUUUGUUGUUUCUAACCCUUCAUGCUAAUUGAUAGUGGACUUGAAGCACAUUCAUGGACGUAAGUCAUCAAUCAUGUAUAAAUACACUUUAUUUAGUUAGGAUUAUUGUCUAAACUUUGUCAAGGUAUAAUCUAUUCUCUUAAUAUGUGUA